AUGUCCCGAAAAGAAAACAUCAACCCCGGCCCAAAGGUGCCCCUCAAGGGCCCCUCCCCCCCCUCAGGACCCCUGGAAAAAAGGUCCCGGAAAGGGGGGGGCUCUGCCAGGGGGCUCUUCAAAUCCCAAGUGGAAAAAGAGGGGUUGGAGCAUCAGCUGAGGAGGGAGAUCGAGAUCCAGGCAAACCUCAGGCACCCCAACAUCCUUCGCCUCUACAAUUACUUCCACGACCGCCGCCACGUUUUCCUCAUCCUGGAAUGCCCCCGGGGGGAGCUCCACAAGGAGCUCCAGAGGUGCGGGAGGUUGGAUGCCACCCGGACGGCCACGCUGAUGAAGGAGCUGGGGGACGCUCUGCUCUACUGCCACAGCCGGUAGGUGAUCCACAGGGACAUCAAACCCGAAAAUCUCCUGGGCUUCAAGGGGGAGCUGAAAAUCGCUGAUUUUGGGUGGUCCAUGCAUGCCCUGUCCCUCAGAAAGACAAGUUACCCUGAGGACAGCUCGCUUCUGGAGCUUAUAGAAGGUGACAAGAAUCUAAACAGCCCCCCUGUAAUCCUGAAGGAAAGAGUCAGUGACCUACUGAGAUGCUUGGAUCCCCACAAAUCUGUGGGACCAGAUGGGACCCACCCAAGCGUGAUGAGGGAGCUGGCAGAAGAUCUCGCCAAGCCUCUUUCUAUCAUCUACCAACAGUCCUAUAUCAACACUUCACUUAACUUACUCGUUCCAGCAAUCCACACCAAUCGCGUCGUCCAUCUCUGGCCGGUCCCCUCGCAGGUGACACAGAAACGGUCACAAGAUGUCGCUAUAGACCACGAAUACCUGCCGGCAUCGCAGCAGCCCCCGCGAUCCCCCCCACCCCCCGAAGACAAAGCUAUAAAACUUUUCUUCGAUAGCGAAGCAAAGGGAAUGGUCGUUCCUGGCAUCACCCAGCAUGGACAGAAUGUCCUGGCUUCAGAAGAAAACAACACAAAAAGGGGGGCACCCACUCCCACUGCGUCACGAGUGCUGGCCGUGCCCUCCGUGCCUCCCACCGGCCCUGGCCCCGCCGCGCUGGGUUUGCCCGGGGGCUCUGCAAGUGAAGAGGGGAAAAGGGGAGCCCUAGAACGGGAUCAGAAAAACAGCGAAGUUAAGGAACGCUGCUGUGAUGCUUGUAGUAUAGGGAAACGAUGCCUUAAGCUCAACGAAAAAUUAGUGAAGUGGAAAGUACCAUUAGCCUCCAAGAAUAUCAGCCUCUCGUGCCAGGAUGUGGAAUACCGCUGCCAAUGUAACACCAUUAAAGAAGCAGUAGCUCCGCAGAAUUGGGAAGCGAGAAAAGAGAGGAAUUGA